AUGUCUUCUCUAUCAAUUCGCCUCCGGGCACCCAUCAUCACACACAGCCAUACUAUCCGAGCCCCGACAUCGCUCUGCCGACUCACCCGGUCCCGUGCCAUCCACCUUGCCAGUGCGACAAGGCUGAACCACAAACGAAAUGCACCAUUGCCCUGCAAAGUCAACUCUGCAAGCCUUGCUCUAUCCUCCCAAGGGCAAAAACAGUCAAUUGAGCGAUACUCAACCCCAAGCAUCCGAAACUACUCCAGUACCUCUUCCCCCGCGAAACCGACAGCAGACAACCUGAUCGAAGAACUACAAGACCUGUACGAAACCGCCAAAGACGAGUUUGAAAUUGCCACUGAAAGUACCGACGGCUCCACGAUCUAUGCGUCGUCGGACCGGGAGUCUGCACGGGAUGCUCUGAAUCAACUAUGCGCUGUUUACCAUCUGUACACGGCGCGGCCGGGAGAGGACGUCGAUAGCGGUGUUCGGAACACGGGGUCCAAGGCCGAAGGUGACGAGGCGGUUGGGGAGGGGGAUGCUAUCGUGGAGACGAAUUUCAAUCCGGGGGAUGUCAGUAGGGAGGUGCGUGAAGAGGUGCGAAGAAGGGUGGGCCAGCGGGUGAGGGAGUUGAGGAAUGCGGUCGAAUUGUUGGAGGAAAGGGCACAGGCGGAUUAG